GUUGAUUAUGUUUUUAAGCGUCCAAUUUGUGGUAAAUUAAAUUUGACUUCAUCCUGUAAUUCAGAAACUUUCAGUAAGAUGCAGGCUUUUUUUUAACUUGUUCUGAUCUAUGCUCUGGAAAUGUUUAGUAGACAAAAGUACUUACGGCAAUUUAUAAGUUCAUUCAAACCUGUUAUUUUGUUCUGCUCUUCUAGCCCAUGAUGCGCCAAUAUCCAAGCUGUUCAGUUUCAGUAAAUAAGCUUUGGGUUACCAUUGCUCCUGAAUUUAUAUCUGCCGUGCAAUUUAACAACAGCAUCAUGUUGACAACUGUUGCUUUGUGCUAAUUGUUAAUUUACUUGUGAUGCUGUUUGCUGAUCAUCGUGGUCAUGUGCUGCCUGUAUCUGAAUGUCAAAGCAGCCAGAAUUUUGUUCAGAAUCGUCAACACUCAACAGUUUGAGUAGAGUAAACUAGUUACUAUUUCUUUUGUGUCCUCCACUUCUCUAAACACGUCAGGCCCUGCACUGCAUGAUGGUCAUAUGUUUGUACCUUUUUUUAUUCUCUGGUUUAUCACUUUUUAAUUCUUGCCCUGUUUGAAUGCUGAUCCAUAUUUCAUCGAUUGGUUAAUGAUUUGUGCUGUACUGUGCUUUACGAUAAGCAUGCUGUGAUUUUUUUAAUUCAUAAGCAUGUUGUGAUUGGUAGCAUAGUAGCUCUUAGUUUCCUGGAGCGACACGUUUUGGAAAUUUUUGUGGUUGGGUAAUGGGCACCAGCACCUCCAUCUAACACCACGGCACGGAGUUACAAGCGUGGCUGACUCAGUGUGAUACACUCGUACAUCAGCAGUGAAUUACUACGGUCGUGAUGGAAUUGACCGUCAUUAUGAGUUUGACGGAUCACUGGGUUCACUGGAAGCUUGAGCAAGAACUGCCCCAUCAAAGAUAGUUGCGCUAUUUUUAAGCCGUGCAAAUGAUCUCAGAGGGAAGCCCGGCACGCCGCCUGCUUUCCAUUGCCACUUCCAACCCCAUGCCAUGCAAUUCCUCUCCCGCGACCGCGAGCGAUUCAUCGGAGCGCCGUCCAUGAUCGAGACAGGAUGACGUCCCCGCCGACGCCGCUGCCGGCACGUGCACGUCAGGGCAUGCAGUCGCCGUCUCCGACGACGAAGGUGGCGCCACCGCUGCUGCCGCCGCCGCCGCCACUUGCCGUCGACGUGGCCGUCAUCAUGGGCAUGCUCACGGCCGUGCUCCUGGCGCUCUUCCUCUUCCUCAUCUACGCCAAGCACUGCAAGGAGCGCGGCCCCGGCGAGGGCGCCGGCGGCCUGGGCCUCGGGUUCGCGCCCUCCUCGUGCGACCGCUGCCACUCGGGGCUCAGCAGCUCCGCGGUGGGCGCGCUCCCGGCGGUCCGGUUCGGCGACGGCGACAGCGGCCGCGCCACCGAGUGCGCGGUGUGCUUGGGCAACUUCGACGCCGCCGAGCUGCUCCGCGUUCUUCCCGCCUGCCGCCACGCCUUCCACACCGAGUGCGUCGACACCUGGCUGCUGGCGCACUCCACGUGCCCCGUCUGCCGCCGCCGCGUCACCAGGGGGCACGUGGACGACACCGAACCGGAUGACCCGGCGGCGGGGGCGAGGACGACGGUGCCCGGCCGGCGAUCGGCGGGCGACGCAGAGGUGCAGGUGGAGGUGGUGGUGCACCGCGCGUGGGACCAGCGGUGGUCCACCGACGGCUUGGUGGGCCGGGUCGCGUACCUCGAGGCCGGCAGGCAUCGGAGGGACGACCUCGGCGUCCUGGUGAUCACCGCCGAAGGGUCCCGAAGCUCUCGCAGCGCCGCCGUCACGCCGCGGUCCUGCUAGCUGGCUGCGCUCGUCUGCUGCUCCGAGAUCUAUGGAGCUUCUGAAUCCUAGGUAGCUGACGCUCGUUCACCGAUCGAUCAAUCGAUCGCGUGCAUGUACAUAGUUGGCGACACGUCGGUAGUACAGUGAUAGCAUGGUAGGUUGAACUGAAGACUGGAAGAUGCUUGUAAACAGUAAUCUCAAUGUGCCAGUGAGCCAGUAAUGUAGACAACUUGGAGGUAUGUGGUUGGAGGUGCUAAAGACGUAUUUGGUUGAAAGUGCUAAAGUUUAACAGAUACUAUAA